ACGUUUCACAAAACACACUCCAUAUAAGCAACUUCCAAAACCCUUCCAACUUUACCCCCAAAAACUUUCUAAAAUGUCCAAACUACCCCCUCCCGCCCUCUCCGCUCUGCAUGCCUUCCUCCUCUUCACGUUCUUCCUCACUGUUUCCUCCGAUUUCACAUCCGACGUCGAUCUCACGUGGGGCGGCCAGCGUGGUCAGAUAUCCGACGGUGGCCGCCUCCUCCAGCUGUCGCUGGACAAGGCGUCUGGCGCCGGAUUUCAAUCCAAACAUGAGUAUUUAUACGGCAAGAUCGACAUGCAGAUCAAGCUCGUGCCCGGGAAUUCGGCCGGCACCGUUACCGCCUACUAUCUGUCGUCGCAGGGGCCGACACACGACGAGAUCGAUUUCGAGUUCCUCGGGAACGAGACUGGCCAGCCGUACAUCCUACAUACUAACGUUUUUACGCAGGGGAAGGGAAACAGGGAGCAGCAGUUCUAUCUAUGGUUUGAUCCAAGAGCGGACUUCCAUACUUAUUCUAUUUUAUGGAAUCAGCAGCAAAUCAUCUUCUCAGUAGAUGGUACGCCCAUCAGGGUCUUCAGGAAUGCCCAAGGGGUGGGGAUCCCAUACCCAAAAGACCAGCCCAUGCGCCUAUAUUCGAGCCUUUGGAACGCAGACGACUGGGCCACACGUGGGGGCCUUAUCAAGACCGACUGGACCCACGCUCCCUUCAUCGCAUCCUACCGUGGCUUCGGCGCCGACGCGUGCGUGUGGUCGUCCGGUAGAUCAUUGUGCUCUGCUACAAAGGCUAGGUGGUGGGCCCAAUCGCUGGACUCAAAUGGGGCCCAGAAGCUGAAGUGGGUCCAAAAGAAUUACAUGAUCUACAAUUACUGUAGGGAUACUAAACGGUUCCCUCAAGGCCCACCCAAGGAAUGCUCUUUGUCUGGCAUAUAAAGGAAGGCCCACUGUGUUGUUUUAAAUUACCGAAAUGCCAUCACCGGUUGGGAGAGAAUUUGUAGAGCGUUUGGAAUCGGAGGGGGGCAAUUUGGGUAUUUAUGCUGAAAAGCAAGGGUUGUUUAUGUGAUUACAUUAGAAAGUGUGAUUGCUGUUGUUAUUUGUUAAUUAUUGUUAAUGAGAAAAGCUUUGCUACU